AGCAGCAGCAGCCAUGCUGCCCGGGGUGGGUGUGUUCGGCACCAGCCUGACCGCCCGGGUGAUCAUCCCGCUGCUGAAGGACGAGGGCUUCGCCGUCAAGGCGCUGUGGGGGCGCACGCCCGAGGAGGCCGAGGAGCUGGCCAAGGAGAUGAGCGUCCCCUUCUACACCAGCCGCAUCGACGAGGUCCUGCUGCACCAGGACGUGGACCUCGUCUGCAUCAACCUGCCGCCGCCCCUGACCAAGCAGAUCGCGGUCAAAACGCUGGGUGAGUGAGGGAUUGGGAAGAAUGUCAUCUGUGACGUGCAUACACCCCUCUUGAUGCCUUUUAGGAUGAUGUCAGCUGCCCACUACUAUCCCAAGCUCAUGAGCAUUAUGAGUGCCGUUCUCCGUUUCCUGCCUGCCUUUGUGAAGAUGAAGCAGCUGAUCCAAGAAGGCUACGUUGGAGUACUUGUGUGUGAGGUCCAGGUUCACAGCGGCAGCCUCUUGGAGAAGUACAACUGGAGCUGUGAUGAUUUGAUGGCGUGGGGCCUGCACUCCGUUGGUACCCACAUCAUUGAUCUCAACAUUCCUCACCAGCCAGCCAAGCCCAUUGAGGAGUACCUUGGUUUACUUAAGACUUUUUGUGAAACAGGCGGACCACAUCAAGGGGAUCUGACAAAUCACGGCGAUGACUUCUAUGCGUUUCAGAUGGUCUUGGAAGGUGGAGUGUGUUGUACUGUGACCCUCAACUUCAACAUCCUAGAAUUCAAACAAGACAUUAUUGUGAGUAGGUUCUGGCAGGUGACUGGUGUAGUAGGAACUGACUUAUGCGGGCAAAACAAUAGCUCCUCUCAGAAGGAGCUCCUCCUGAAAGAUUCCACCCCAGUCAGCAACUCCUUUUACCUGAGAGGCCUUCAACUGAUGAUGCAGGCCGUCCGGCAGGCAUUUGAGGAUCAGGAUGACAGAAGGACCUGGGGCGUGACGCUCACAAUGGCUGCCACAUUUGGCGACUGCCUUUAUGCUUUGUGUGUGGUGGACACCAUUAAAAAAUCAAAACCAACUGGGUGA